AUGUGGCGGUGGCCGUUGUUGAUCGGUGCGACGCUGCUGCUAAUUGCGCGCAAGCGACCUUCGUGCCCUGAGGAAGGUCUGCAGCUGCGUGACCUGACGCCGCUGUUGCAUGACUCGGCCACCUUCCGCCGCAUUUUCGGUCCCAGGACGAUUUUCUUCGUUGAGACGUCAGGUCGCGCCGUUUUAAGUCCUCGCCAGGUGUGCACACUUGAAUCGUUCGCCCGCCUCAACCCUGAGUUCAACCUGCUGAUGGUUUUCUUAAAACCGGCCGUGCGAUUCCGUGAGCAGGAAAACGAAGCCCUGGCCGCUGUUCUUCCCCACCACACAAACAUCCACCUCACCACCAUAGACGCCAAGACGGCAAUGGAUACGUCAGGGUUCCCUGAGAUGCACCACCUGGUAUCGCAGAGCGGCGACUACCUUCGCCACCUGAGUAACUGCGUGCGCCUGGUGCUCAUUUGGAGGUUCGGGGGCGCCUACCUGGACCUUGACGUCAUCAGCUUCAAGUCCCUGUCACCUGAGCUGCUGCAAAAUCCAAACCUGGUGGCGCCUAUGAACUCAGAAAGACUCAAUAAUGCCUUCCUGCAGUUCCGGCAGGGUCAUCCUUUGGUCGAAGGGUUCAUCAAGCGACUAAGGGUGACCUACAACGUGUCUCAAAGGUCAGAAGCGUCUCGAUCCCUGGAGCAGGUGCUGCUUAAUGCGUCCGGUCUCAGUGCGGUGCAUCAGCUGAUCACUCAGGGCCACGUUAGGGACGUCGUCCUGCCAGACUUCAGGUUGAUCAGCUCCGCCCACCCUAGGGACUUUGGCCUCUUCUUCCACCCCACCAGAGGGCACGAACUGCUGCCCCAAAUCGCCGCCAGCAAGGCCAUCCACCUGUACAGCUACAAGAGCCACGGCAUGCUCACCCCUCUCGAAUCGUCCUCCAUCAUCGCCAAUCUCUCCCGCCGCGUCUGUCCCAGGGCCUUCUGGAGCUGUUCAAACUUUUUCUAUUAG